AUGGACGCGAUUAAGAAGAAGAUGCAGGCGAUGAAGCUGGAGAAGGACAAUGCCAUGGACAAGGCAGACACCUGUGAACAGCAGGCCAGGGAUGCCAACCUCCGUGCCGAAAAGGUCAACGAGGAAGUCCGUGAACUCCAGAAGAAGCUCGCCCAGGUGGAGGAAGAUCUGGUUCGCAACAAGAACAUGCUGGAACAGGCCAACAAGGACUUAGAAGAGAAAGAAAAGACUUUAACCGCCACUGAGGCCGAAGUUGCUGCCCUCAACAGGAAGGUCCAACAAAUUGAGGAGGAUCUCGAAAAAUCCGAGGAGAGGUCCGGCACUGCCCAGCAAAAGCUUCUUGAGGCACAGCAAUCUGCUGAUGAGAACAACCGAAUGUGCAAAGUGUUGGAGAACAGAGCACAGCAAGACGAGGAGCGCAUGGACCAACUUACCAACCAGCUGAAGGAAGCCCGUCUGCUCGCUGAGGACGCUGAUGGCAAAUCUGACGAAGUAUCACGCAAGCUGGCCUUCGUUGAAGACGAACUUGAAGUGGCUGAAGACCGUGUCAAGUCCGGUGAUGCCAAAAUCUCAGAACUUGAGGAGGAAUUAAAGGUUGUAGGUAACUCUCUUAAAUCUUUGGAAGUCUCGGAAGAGAAGGCUAACCAACGUGUCGAAGAAUUCAAGAAGCAGCUUAAGACCCUCACAAUCAAACUUAAAGAGGCUGAGGCCCGUGCCGAAUUCGCCGAGAAGACUGUCAAGAAACUGCAGAAGGAGGUCGACAGGCUCGAAGAUGAGCUUGGCAUCAACAAGGACAGAUACAAGAGCUUGGCCGACGAGAUGGACUCCACCUUCGCCGAGCUGGCUGGUUACUAA